AUGGAUCCAUUUGAACCUGUAGGGAACCUUCUAGCACGACAAACUGAAGCAGACAUGAACCUCAACAUGACAAGUGUGGUUCAAUCCAGUUUGCCUGCAACGGCUCCUGGCACGUCUCAGCCAGUACUCCAAUCAGAGGAGGAGGAGGAGGAGGAGUUUCCACAACUAUGGGAGGGGGACUUAACCGCUAAACUCAACGGUCAAACUGUCAUCAUUACCAAAUUGAAGGCAGGCUUGUGGACUUGUCUUUCUUUCAGGCUUGCAGAAGAUUGGCCAUCUACAAUGCUAAUAGAUACCUUUGUAUCUCAAAGCUUCUUCGACAAGAUACCAUAUGAUGAAAAAACAAAUGUUCUUGUUUUCGUACCAACAAAUCCACAACAUAUAUUGUUUGAAAAGAUGCAGAAAACCAAGGAUUUGGCAGCCGUACGGUUACCAUCACAGCUGCUGGCACUGAUGGCGCCAGUCGAGAAAGACAAUCCGAUGUCUGGAAUACUUUUCCCUAAGUAUGUAUUCAGAACUAAUUGGUGUUCUGAUGCACCUUUUAGUUCUGAGGAGCUAGGGGGGGCGAUGGCAGAAGAUAUGUCGAAAUACUUGCAAGAUUAG